AUGGAGCCUCAAUGGAAUCCUACGGUUGAAGAGCAGGCGCUGGCGCGCGUGCACCGUAUGGGUCAGACCAAAGAGGUGACCACGAUACGUUUUGUCAUGGCCGAUACUUUCGAAGAGAGGGUCAUAGAAACGCAGCAGCGAAAAAGGGAGCUUGCGGCGCUGUUGCUAUCGACUGAACCACAUGUAGAAUCGGAACAUAGUCUUGAUCGACUGCGCUAUUUCCGGUCUUUGCUCAAAUGA